AUGGGAGAGACAAACCAGUCAAGUAACUCUGAGUUCCUCCUCCUGGGGCUCUCCAGGCAGCCCUAGCAGCAGCAGCUUCUCUUCGUGCUCUUCCUGAGCAUGUACCUGGCCACAGUCUUGGGAAACCUGCUUAUCCUCUUGGCCAUCAGCACAGACUCCUGCUUGCACAUCCCCGUGUCCUUCUUCCUCUGCAACCUGUCCUUCGUGGAUAUCUGCUUCUCCUCCACCACUGUCCCCAAGAUGCUGGCCAACCACAUACUCAGGAAGCAGACCAUCCCCUUCUCUAGGUGUCUCAUGCAGAUGUAUUUUGUUUUCACAUUCAUGGACAUGGACAGUUUCCUCUUGGCUGUGAUGGACUAUGACCGCUUUGUUGCUGUAUACCACCCCUUACACUACUAAGCAAAGAUGACCCACCAGCUCUGUGCCCUGCUGGUCACUGGAUUGUGGGUCAUUGCCAACCUGGAUAUGCUGUAGCAUACCCUGCUGAUGGCUUGACUCUCAUUCUGUGCAGACAGUGCCAUCCCCCACUUCUUCUGUGAUGUGACCACUCUCCUGAAACUCUUCUCUGAUACACACCUCAGUGAGGUGAUGAUUCUAACUGAAGCACGGCCAAUAAUGAGCACCCCAUUUGUUUGCAUCCUGGUAUCAUAUAUCCUUAUCACCUGUGCUGUCCUCAGAAUCCAGUCCACAAAGGGAAGAUGGAAAGCCUUCUCCACCUGCUCCCACCUGGCUAUGGUUUUCCUCUUCUAUGGCACCAUGAUAUUUCUGUAUUUCAACCCUUUAUCCUCCCACUCAGCUGAGAUAGACAUAGCAGCUGCUGCAGUGUUCUCUGUGGUGACUCCCAUGCUGAACUACAGCCUGAGAAACCAGGACAUAAAAGAGGCUCUUGGAAAAGUGGUUGCUAUUAAUUUUUUCUACCCAGUAAUGAAAUAG